AUUAUAAAAGUGUUAUUUUUCUCGAGUAAAGUCAAAUAACUUAACAAGCGACUAAGCCUUUCUAUAAUAAUGAAGCUAGAAAUUAUAAACAAAAACUAUCUUUGGCUUUAGCUUGUUUUAGCAUCACUGCUACAUUCCUUUCGCCAGAAAAUAUAAAUUAUAAAUUCUCUUACUGACUCUGACACGACAAAGUUGACAAGUGACAAAUUAAUUGUUGUUUAUUAACUUUACAACAUUAAUUAAGGAAAGUUAAAGAAAAGAUAGAACAACUGAACAAACAAUACGUGUAGCCUAACAAUAUAAGUCAUCGUAUUUUGUAAAAAAAAUCGGUAGUUAUAAUAGAAACUAUGAAUGCAAUUUAUAAAUUGAAUCCCCUCACUUGUCACAAGUUCGCCCAAAUAGUCAUAAAAUGUAGUAGAUCGAAUGCAAAGAACAGCAGCGAAAAAUGCAUUCAGCGUCGUCAUUUUCCGAAAAAUAUAUUUAUGCUGUCAACUGCUUUAGCAUUUACAUUAUGGCCUGUGAAACCUAAAGAACCAACUGAAAAACCACCAACCGAACUCAAGCAUCCUGCUGUUUUGGAUGAUGCCGACAAAUUGUUUGAAAAUGGCUAUUAUGAGGAGUGCUUUAAUUUACUCUCAGAGUGUGAAGACUCGGAUAAUGUGGAAAUUCAAUGGAGAAUAUGUCGAACAUUAUACAAUAUGUCAAAAGAAUCAAAAUAUGACAAACAGUAUAAAAAAUACCUUGUUCUACAGGCAUAUGACAUUAUUGUGAAAUUACUGGAUAAAACAAAAGACCAUUAUGCAGUUCAUAAAUGGUAUGCUUUAAUUUUAGAUGCUAAAAGUUCUUAUGGUGGAACCAAGGAGAGAAUAAGACAACUAGAUACUGUUAAAAAGCAUAUGGAUUUGGCAGUGUCACUAAACCCAAAUGAUGCUACAAUUUUACACAUGUUGGGUGAAUGGUGCUACCAGAUAACUGAAAUGCCGUGGCAUCACAGAAAAAUAGCCGAGGUUUUGUUUGCUACCCCACCAUACUCCAGUUAUGAAGAAGCACUGGAAUACUUCUUAAAAGCAGAAUCGGUUCAGCCUAGAUUUUACAGUGUAAACUUAUUAAGACUUGGUGACUGCUAUCUGAAAUUACAAAAAGAAGACCAAGCUAAAUAUUAUCUGCAACUAGCUGCCAGUUAUCCUGCCAAAUCAAAUGAUGAUCAUCAGGCGAACACUGAAGCAGCAGAAUUGUUAAAAAAACUUAAAUAAGCCUUGUUGGUGUAAUUUUACUUGGUCUUCAUUGGGUUCAUUUGUAGCUAAGAGGGAUUUUUUUUUAACAUGGUUACUGUAAAAAAUGUAAAUAGCUUUGUACAUUCAUGGAAUACAAGCUCGAAGGUAAACAAGUUGAGUGUAGAAAGUUUUGUGAACAGAUCUGAAUUCAGUAUUUAUAAAAAAAUAUACUGCAUGCCUAGCUACUGGCCAACUUUUUUACAAUUAUGACUUUAUAAACAAAAGACUGCCAAAUAUAUGCAUAAAAUUAUAUUAUAAAAAAUCGAAAAAUAGAACCAAUGUGAAGCUUAAUAGUGAUGAAAAAAUGGUAAAUACAGCCAUCAUUAGUAUUCUUGAA